CGCACUUUCCCCUUUCCCCAUUCCCCCCACAUCCACCUUCACUUGACUGUGAUUCACACUGGUUUGGGCUUCUCCCGGGAAUGCUGAAGCCACAGAACCCUUUUGCGGGUGUUGCCGAUGCUGAGUUGUGCUCUGAGGAAUAUGCUCGCAACGAGGAUAGGAAAGAUGCACUGAGUAAGUUGCGGGAGGAGUUCAUCAUCCCAACAAAGGCGGAUUUGAAGAACAAGAGAUAUGGUCCUGUUCCUAUAAGUCAUACAGGAGGAGACAACACCAAUGUCAUUUCCAAUGACGCGGAAGAGUCUGUAUAUCUCUGUGGGAACUCGCUGGGCCUUCAGCCACGCCGCACUCGGCAAUACAUCGACAAAUACCUUGAUACGUGGGCAUCAAAAGCCGUAUACGGGCACUUCAAGCCUCUCGAAGAUGGCCACGCGCCAUGGUUACACAUCGACGAUGCUAUCAAGGAGCAGAUGGCCAAAAUUGUGGGAGCAUUACCUAGUGAAGUUGUGGUAAUGGAGACCCUGACAGCAAACUUACAUCUCCUGAUGUCAAGCUUCUACAAACCAACAAAAGACCGCUACAAAAUCAUCAUCGAGGGCAAGGCCUUCCCCAGCGACCAUUAUGCCGCCCUCUCACAACUGGCACACCACAAUUUUCCCCCCUCAGCUUUGGUCACUAUCAACCCUCCUUCGUCUUCGUUGCCAUAUCUGUCCAACGAGCACAUUCUCUCCAUUAUCUCUCAACAUGCCGCAACAACUGCCCUCGUCCUCCUUCCAGGAAUCCAAUACUACUCAGGCCAAUUCUUCGACAUAAACCUAAUAACACACCACUGCCACUCUCUCGGAAUAACCGUAGGCUGGGACCUGGCACACGCGGUUGGCAACGUGCCACUGAAACUCCAUGACUGGAAUGUCGAUUUCGCAGCAUGGUGUAACUAUAAGUACAUGAACGGGGGACCGGGCGUUAUCGGCGGACUCUUCGUGCACGAAACGCACGGGAAAAUCGAGGAAGAAUCUCCCGCUGCAAAUUCCGCUGACGGAGAAAGCGAGAAGCAGUUGCAUUACCGCCCACGCCUAAGCGGAUGGUGGGGCAGCGACAAAAGCAGCAGAUUCCGCAUGGACAACGUCUUCGUCCCUAUUCCCGGCGCAAGUGGCUUCCAACUUAGCAAUCCGAGCGCUUUGGACAUGACGGCCGUCAUGGCGAGCUUGGACGUCUUCUCCCUUACAACCAUGGACGCUCUGCGGGAGAAAAGCUUUCGGCUCACUGCUUACCUCGAGGCUCGGCUGCUUCGGUACGGGGGAGUCAAGCCGCCGUAUACCAUCAUCACACCCUCCAACCCCACUGAGCGCGGUGCACAGCUCAGCGUGCUACUUAAUCCAGGAUUACUUGACCCAGUGAUGGAGCUCUUGGAAGAGGAGGGCGUUGUUGCGGAUGAACGAAGACCAGAUGUGAUCCGUGUGGCUCCCGCCCCGUUAUAUAAUUCCUAUAUGGAUGUUCACCGAUUCAUUGCCGUUUUCCAUGAUGCGUGUAAGAAAGUGCUCACUAAGGAGACUAAGAAUGAUGUCUCGAUUUGA